UUUUAUUUUGGAGGGGGAAAAACCUGCUGUCAAAAGGGAACGGAAGUUGCUCACUUCUGGCGCAUGCGCAAACUGAUCAAGCAAUAGCGAAAAUCGCGAAAAGAGCAAGAUGGCUGACGUGGUGUUUGUGUCUGUACGAGCUGACCGCCAUACACAUUUACAUUUAGCAACAAAUACACCAAGUGUCGUAUUUUCUGACGCCCACGAAAAGUACAUUGAGUUUGUAGCAAUGGAUUGUUAUCUGGAGUGAAGAUUGAAGACGUGAUAGAAACAUGGACGAUGCUAUGCUAUGCUAUGCUAAGAUGGCCUGUGAGAAAGAAUCAGCGCCACCAACUUCUAGAAAAUCACCAAAGACGACAACUGCAGAUAAAGGUGCGGCUUACAACACGGGGCGGCUUAUGGUGUGGAAAAUACGACGUCCAGCAGCUGAUUGGUCAUUCAGAAGAACUGGCAGGAGGGAGUUCCACUUUGAAGCAGGAGACUCCACAGCCACCCAACAUUAAAAAGGAAGAGGAGGAACUCUGGAUCACUCAGGAGGGAGAGUGUCUUCUAGAACCACAGAAGGCUGAUCUCACCAAGAUGCCACUGACUGUUGUCUCUGUGAAGACUGAAGAUGAUGAAGAGAAACCACAACUAGACAAUCUCUUUGCUCCACUAUCAGAUAGUGAGGCUGAAGACGAGGUUGAAGAACCUUUGAGCAGCGAUACAGACUGUGAAGUCAUCCAGCAGCUGAUUGGUCAUCCAGGAGAACUUCUCCCUCAGACAGGAUGGAGCUCCACUUUGACGCAGGAGACUCCACAGCCACCCUGCAUUAAAAAGGAAGAGGAGGAACUCUGCAUCACUCAGGAGGGAGAGUGUCUUCUAGAACCACAGGAGGCUGAUCUCACCAAGUUGCCACUGACUGUUGUCUCUGUGAAGACUGAAGAUGAUGAAGAGAAACCACAACUAGACAACCUCCGUAAGGCUGAAGACGAGGUUGAAGUACCUUUGAGCAGCAAUACAGACUGCGAAGGUGAUAUGAGGACUCACACUGACAACGAACAAUUUGAAUGCUCUAAAAAUAUAAGAGGUAAAGAACGUUUCAGCUGCUCAGUUUGUGCUAAAAGCCUGACGAGGAAGAUAGAUCUGACUCAACACAUGAGAACGCACACAGGAGAAAAACCAUUUAGUUGUUCAGUUUGCGGUAAAAGCUUUUCUCAAAAAGGCAAUGUGACGCAACACAUGAAAACACACACAGGAGAAAAAACAUGUAUAUGUUCAGUUUGUGGCAAAUACUUUUCUCAAAAAAGCAAUUUGGUUCAGCACAUGAGAACACACACCGGAGAAAAACCAUUUAAUUGCUCAGUUUGUGGUAAAAGCUUUUCUCAGAACAAUAGUUUGACUCUACACAUGAGAACACACACAGGGACAAAACCGUUUACUUGUUCAGUUUGUGAUAGAAGCUUUUCUCAAAAGAGCAGUCUGACAUUACACAUCAGAACACACACUGGGAAAAAACCAUUUAAAUGCUCAGUUUGCGGUAAAAACUUUUCCCAAAAGAUCCGUUUGACUCAACACAUGAGAACGCACAAAGGAGAAAAACCAUUUGUUUGCUCAGUUUGCGGUAAAAGAUUCUAUCAUAAUGUGCACGCCGUGAGACACAUAAGAACACACACAGGAGAACCGGGAGACUCUGUCAGAUGUUCUCAGCAGACCCUCACAACGCAUUUGGGCUUGCUAGCUCUGACCGGCAAUCUGCCCUACCAUCAAGAACCAACUCACCACCAGACGGCGCGGCGAAAGACUUCACCCGAUCAUCGAUGCGGUCGGCGGCCCGGAUUCAGAGGAAGUCAAGGCGUCCAGCAGCUGAUUGGUCAUCCAGAAGAACGUUCCACUCACUCGCGUUCCACUCAGUCGGGAGGGAGCUCCACUUUGACUCCACAGCCACCCCACAUUAAAGAGGAAGAGGAGGAACUCUGGAUCACUCAGGAGGGAGAGUGUCUUCUAGGACCACGGGAGGCUGACUAUGAAGACAAUCCACAAGGAGACAACCUCUUCACUCUAUCAGAUAGUGAGGCUGAAGACGAGGUUGAGGAAUCUUUGAGCAGCGAUACAGAUUGUGAAGACAUCCAGCAGCUGAUUGGUCAUCCAGAAGAACUUCCCCUUCAGUCAGGAGUGAACUCCACUUUGAAGCAGGAGACUCCACAGCCACCCCACAUUAAAAAGGAAGAGGAAGAACUCUGGAUCACUCAGGAGGGAGAGUGUCUUCUAGGACCACAGGAGGCUGAUCUCACCAAGUUUCCACUGAGUAUUCUCUCUGUGAAGACUGAAGAUGAUGACGAGAAACCACAACCAGACAACCUCUUAGCUCCCCUGUCAGAUAGUGAGGCUGAAGACGAGAGUGAAGAACCUCUAAGCAGCGAAACAGACUCUGACGGGAGCAGCGAAGCAGACAGUGAAGGUGAUAUGAGAACUCACACUGGCAAAAAACACUCCAAAUGCUCUAAGAAGAAGAUAGACAAAAGAUGUUUCAGCUGCUCAUUUUGUGCUAAAAGCUUUAUUAGACCGGCUGAAUUGGAGCAACACAUGAGAACACACACAGGAGAAAAACCAUUUGUUUGUUCAGUUUGUGGUAAAAGCUUUUCUCAAAAAGGUAAUUUGGCUCAGCACAUGGUCACACACACAGGGGAAAAAACAUUCGGUUGUUCUGUUUGUGCGAAAACCUUUUCUUAUAAGACCAAUUUGACUCAACACAUGAGAACACACACAGGAGAGAAAACCUUUUAUUGUUCAGUUUGUGGUAAAAACUUUUCUCAUAAGAGCAGCUUGACUCUGCACAUGACAAUACACACGGGGAAAAAACCGUUUACUUGUUUAGUUUGUGGUCAAAGCUUUGCUCAAAAGAGAACUUUGAUUCAACACAAGGUAACGCACACAGGAGAGAAACCAUUUACUUGCUCAGUUUGUGGCAACAGCUUUUCUCAAAAUGGCAGUUUGACUGCACACAUGAGAGCACACACAGGAAACAAACCAUUUAAUUGUUCUGUUUGUGGACAAAGCUUUUCUCAAAAGAGAACUUUGACUCAUCACAUGAGAACACACACCGGAGAAAAACCAUUUGAUUGCCUAGUUUGCGGUAAAUGCUUUUCGCAAAAGAGAACUUUGACUCAACAUCAGAGAACGCACACAGGAGAAAAACCAUUUAAUUGUUCAAUGUGCGAUAAAGCCUUUUCUCAAAACGGUAGCUUGACUUUACACAUGAGAACACACACAGGAACAAAACCAUAUGAAUGCUUAGUUUGUGGCAAAAGUUUUUCUCAAAAGAGAAACAUGACUCAACACAUAAGAACACACACAGGAGAGAAACCAUUUUGUUGCUCAGUUUGCGGUAAAUGCUUUUCUCAGAAAAACAAAUUUAACCAACACAUGAGAGGACACUCCGAAUAUUUAAUUGCUCAGUCCGACGUGAAAGAUUCCAUCAUAACUCUCGCUGGGGAGAAUUUGUAGUCUUCUUCCGCGAUGCUUUUACUGCCUCCAGAAUGUCUGACUUUGAACACCAACAAUAUGCCUGAAACUACACCUUCCAGGUCGCCUUGUGUCUGCAGACCAACCUCAGAUGAUUACUCUGUACAAAAAAGGUCCCCAUGUUGCAGCCCAAAACCAGCCACGUUUUCUCAACCAUCAAAAUGUAGGACCAAUAAUGUUGUUUUACAAUUGUUGUCUUGACUCCUCAAAGACUAAUUUUAGAGAUAAUGUGCACUUCACUGCACAUGUAAUACAUCAUGAUGUUGCUGAACAUGAUAUAAUAGUUCUAUGAGUGUUGGGUUUCAGCAACACAGGCGUGCAUGCGUUCUUUAAUAAUGUUCCCAGGGCUCUGUGUAGGUGCAGGCUGGUUUUAAGUUAAAGGCCUACUGAAAGCCACUACUACCGACCACGCAGUCUGAUAGUUUAUAUAUCAAUGAUGAAAUCUUAACAUUGCAACACAUGCCAAUACGGCCGGGUUAACUUAUAAAGUGCAAUUUUAAAUUUCCCGCUAUUCUUCCGGUUGAAAACGUCUAUGUAUGAUGACGUAUGCGCGUGACGUCAAUGGUUGAAACGGAAGUAUUCGGACACAUUGUAUCCAAUACAAAAAGCUCUGUUUUCAUCACAAAAUUCCACAGUAUUCUGGACAUCUGUGUUGGUGAAUCUUUUGCAAUUUGUUUAAUGAACAAUGAAGACUGCAAAGAAGAAAGUUGUAGGUGGGAUCGGUGUAUUAGCGGCUGGCUGCAGCAACACAACCAGGAGGACUUUGACUUGGAUAGCAGACGCGCUAUCCGACGCUAGCCGCCGACCGCACGGAUGAUCGGGUGAAGUCCUUCGUCGCUCCGUCGAUCGCUGGAACGCAGGUGAGCACGGGUGUUGAUGAGCAGAUGAGGGCUGGCGUAGGUGAAUAGCUAAUGUUUUUAGCAUAGCUCUGUGAGGUCCCGUAGCUAAGUUAGCUUCAAUGGCGUCGUUAGCAACAGCAUUGUUAAGCUUCGCCAGGCUGGAAAGCAUUAACCGUGUAUUUACAGGUCCAUGGUUUAAUAGUAUUGUUGAUUUUCUGUCUAUCCUUCCAGUCAGGGGUUUAUUUAUUUUGUUUCUAUCUGCAGUUAAGCCAGAUGCUAUCACGUUAGCUCCGUAGCUAAAGUGUUUCGCCGAUGUAUUGUCGUGGAGAUAAAAGUCACUUUGAAUGUCCAUUUCGCGUUCUCGACUCUCAUUUUCAAGAGGAUAUAGUAUCCGAGGUGGUUUAAAAUACAAAUCCGUGAUCCACAAUAGAAAAAGGGGAGAGUGUGGAAUCCAAUGAGCCAGCUUGUACCUAAGUUACGGUCAGAGCGAAAAAAGAUGCGUCCUGCACUGCACUCUAGUCCUUCACUCUCACGUUCCUCAUCCACGAAUCUUUCAUCCUGGCUCAAAUUAAUGGGGUAAUCGUCGCUUUCUCGGUCCGAAUCGCUCUCGCUGCUGGUGUAAACAAUGGGGAAAUGUGAGGAGCCUUUCAACCUGCGACGUCACGCUACUUCCGGUACAGGCAAGGCUUUUUUUUAUCAGCGACCAAAAGUUGCGAACUUUAUCGUCGAUGUUCUCUACAAUAUCCUUUCAGCAAAAAUAUGGCAAUAUCGCGAAAUGAUCAAGUAUGACACAUAGAAUGGAUCUGCUAUCCCCGUUUAAAUUUAAAAAAUUCAUUUCAGUAGGCCUUUAAUGUACAUGUCAUUGUAUGUCUAGUACAGGGGUCGGCAACCCAAAAUGUUGAAAGAGCCAUAUUGGACCAAAAAUACAAAAAACAAACCUGUCUGGAGCCACAAAAAAUGAAAAACUGUAUAUAAGUGUUAUAAUGAAGGCAACACAUGACGUAAGUGUCUAUAUUAGCUACAAUAGCCUACUAUCAAAUGACUAUGUGUCGCAGGCAGAAACAAAUCUUUGUUGACAGAAAUGUUGAAAUGUACUAUUUAUUCCACACAUUUUUACAACAUUAGAAACCAUUAGUAAAUCAGAGGCUACUCAGAAGGUGAGAUAACUCCUGGAAAUGACUGGCUUUUAAUGGCCAAAGGUGUGUGUGUCCAAGUUAAAUGAAACGGCAGGCUGUCUUCUUUUAAUAGAUGUAUUACAAUCUUUGGCAAGCUGUGGUCUGGAACAACAGGGCACACUUAACAGCUAUAUGAAAUGCAGCCAAUGUUACAUACAGAUAAUGUGUCAGCAAAUAUAAAUUCAAUUCAAAGAGGAUAAAAGUAAAGGAUAUUAAAUGAGCUGAAAUAUACCUACAAAUGAGGCAUAAUGAUGAAAUAUGUACAUACAGCUAGCCUAAAUAGCAUGUUAGCAUUGAUUAGCUUGCAGUCAUGCACUGACCAAAUAUGCCUGAUUAACACUCCAACAAGUCAAUAACAUCAACAAAGCUCACCUUUGUACAUUCACGCACAGCAUAAAACGUUUGUUGGACAAAAUGAGACAAAGAAGGAGUGGAAGAUUUUACAUGUAAACAAACUGUUGCGUCACAGUCCACACUAUGGUGAGUUCAAGAACCGCCGAAAUUAGUAGGACAAAAUUAUGUUCAUCAAAUACUGUCAUCAGUGAAGCAUACACACAAACAUAUCAAACAGUGGUAGUUCUAACAAUUGGGAACGUUUGUGUCAUGGUUGUCCUCAAACAAAAAACAUACUGAAACCAAAAAAAAAUAUGUUUCCCCCCAUCUUUUUCCAUUUUCAAUCCGUUUUUAAAAAUGCUCCAGGGAGCCACUAGGGCGGCACUAAAGAGCCGCAUGCGGCUCGCUGACCCCCGGUCUAUUAUAUCAAAAUAAACAUAAUAGGAGGUGUAAUGUCGCACCAAGUCAGUUAUUGACGCUUUUUUCAGGCUUCUGAUUGGACAAAAUGUGCAUGACAGCAUGUGUAUGCGUUUGUGUGUUGACUUAGUCAGUUUUCAAACUACACUUGUGUGGAUGGACAUCGUUUUCACCCCAAAAAUGUGUGAUUGUGUGGACAUGGCCUUAGUAAAUAUGCAAAGUAAGUAAUAAGCACAUGUAUAAUCCAGUAAUAUUCGCUGUAUUUCAAUCAAUUUAAAAAUAUUACUGUAACUUCUCUUCUGGACGCAUUGAUUUCACAGAGCGCAUAGCAACGUACGCUACUUCUGUCAACAACAACAACAAAAUAGAGAGCACAUUCUGUGUUUGCUACCACUAAUCAUGGCACACUUGGAGUGUUAUCAUGGAGCACUAUUGUCAAACGUUCCAAAUAAGAACAUACACCAGUUUCUGACCAUGUUUGCUCUCACUGGAAACUCGACUGAUGAGAUGGUUGUAUCUUUCAGCACCUGAGCUCUCCUUCACCUGGUGUAUUCUGAAUAAUUCCCACCCCUCAAAUAAAUAAAAAAUAAAAGUUUUGUUGAGGAUUGAUGUUCCUUUUUGUUGUUUUCCUUCUUCACUUUUAUGUCUUUGCAUUUCAUCCUUAAUUUAGGUUUGUAAGACUGUAAAUAUAAACAUAAAUAAACGUUACAAAAGCAUAUGGUCCAUUGUGUAUUUUACACAAAGAAAAGACAAUAAACUACAGAUGUUUGCACAUACACAAAUUGAAUAACAUCCACAUUAAACAUUGCACACAUUGUAUGUGACUCAUCACAAUUAAACCUAACAUUUAGGUCAAGGGUCACCAACGCGGUGCCAGCGGGCACCAGGUAGCCCGUAAGGACCAGAUGAGUAGCCCGCUGGCCUGUUCUAAAAAUAGCUCAAAUAGCAGCACUUACCAGUGAGCUGCCUCUAUUUUUUACAUUGUAUUUA